UUGUCCAGUCCAGAGACACAUUUAGUAAAUGCGCAAAAACAGACAGAAAAUGCUUAAAGAUUUUUAUAAAAUAGAGACACCAGAGAAAGACUGAGAACUAAGAAACAGGACACUGGGAGUGAGAAAAAAGGAGAUAAAGUAAGAAGAUAUUGAAGCAAACCUCAAGAACUUAAAAGUGACGGUCUGUGACGCAUUAUGGAGGCAGGAGAGGACUCUGAUUGUCAUGAAAAUUGCCCAGCUCUUCCAGAGAUAAAGGCCAUUAUAGUCGGCAGUAAAGCAGAGUACAAACGCAGUGCAGCUAAAACCAUUUUUGGCCAGAAUGACUGUAAAGUGGGUAAAGAGAUAGUCAAGAGUGAAAUGAAGCAGAAGACAGUUCAGAACAGGUCUGUCACUUUGGUAAUGACACCAGGAUGGUGGAGGAGCUUCACACUGGCAGAGAGUGCUAAGUUUUUAAAGAUGGAAAUUGUGCACAGCUUAAAACUGUGUCCUGAUCCACACGCCUUUCUUCUAGUCAUCAAUCUACACAAACCAUUUACAGUCAUGCACCUAAACAGUGUGGUGGAGCACAUGGAGAUUUUUGGUGAGCAGAUCUGGAACCACACCAUCGUUCUGGUCAUGUAUGACAACAAAGAACAGAGAAAUGAAGAUAGCAAGCAAUUAAUUGAGAGAGCAGGGAACGAGCUUGAUAUUGUUAUAAAGAAAUGUGGAAACAGAGUUCAUGUCUUCAAUUAUACUGACAGCAAGGGGAUAAAUGUGGAAAAACUGUUUAAUGAGAUAGAGAGACUGGUAGCUGAACAUCAAGGACAGUGCUAUGAAAUUGACAGUGAACUUUUUGAAGAUAUGGAGAAAAAGAGAAGAAAUGUGAAGAAACAAGCAAAGGAGAGAGAGAAUGAAGUAAAAACAAAGAUGCAAACUUUGAAACAACAUCUAACAGAUAAUUUUUUUCCCGAAUUAAGGAUUGUCUUGAUGGGUGGCAAUAUUGUUGGAAAGACCUCAGUGAUGAACACUAUUCUGAAAAUUGAACAAGAGAAGACGGUGACAAAAAAGUCUUUGAUGAGAGAGGGAGAGGUCGACCAGAGAAAAGUCAUUUUAAUCGACACACCUGGAUGGUGGCUGUACGCAUCUGUAAAGGAGACUUCAGAGUCAGUCAAGCAGGAGAUCAUGUCAAGUGUUAGUAUGUGUUCACCAGGACCUCAUGCAGUUUUGCUGGUUCUGCAGUCAGGUGUCGCCUUCAAUGAAGCACAGAGGAGGUCUGUCAAGGAGCACAUGGAGCUCCUGGGUCGAAAUGUCUGGAAGUACUGUAUAGUUGUGUUCACCAGGAGCGACUGGAUGGUCACUAACACUAUUGAAGAACACAUUGAGAGUGAAGGAGAGGCUCUGCAGUGGUUGAUCAAUAAAUGUGAAAACAGGUAUCAUGUACUGAACUACAUGGAGCAGGGGGAUAGAGAACAGGUCAGAGAGUUGAUGGAGAAAGUGGAGAUGAUGGCCAGAGAAAACACAGAUCUCCUGACGCCUGUGGAAGCAGCGAUGGAGGAGACUGACAGCGGCUGGGGAUCUAUCUGGUCAGACCAAGAAAAGUUAGAGAGAGAAAGCUUUACUCUGGAGCCACCUAAAAUGAACGAAGAAUACAUUGCAAAAUGGCUUGAAAACACAGAAAUUGUUUCUAACUACAGGAACUUAUCAGACUUUUCAAAAGACAUUUCAGAAGAUGUAUGACUGUAAAAAAAAUCUACUGUAGAAUUUACAGGAUUUUACAGGCAAAAAGGUAACUGCAUAGCAAAUAAUAGUUAAUUGCUGUAUGUGGAAUACAAUAAUUUGUAGUAUUUUAACAGUAACACUGAAUUAAAGUUGGAGUUUAUUUUACAGCAAUAUUCUGUAAUUUAACCAAAGGUACAGUAUUUACCUGGCAACAAAAGUUGCCAAUAAAAUCCUGUAAAUACCCCUAAAUCCAAUAUUAUGUUGUAAUAAUUUAACAAUGAAACUGCCGUAAAGAAUAAUUUUAACAGUAAACUAUAAAAUACUGAUAUAAAUGCAUUCAGUCGCGCCCCGAGAAUUUUUUUUACAGGGAUGGUCAGUUAAGGCCACAGUAAAUCUUGGGGUGGCACAUCAAAAUAAAGAAAAAAAAUAAGGGUUUGCAAUAUUGACAAAAAGUGAUAUCUCUGUGAUUUCUACUCUAUUCUAUAUAGCUACUCUGGUGGCGCCAAUCUGCAAUCUUUUAUUGCAACCCCUUGGGAGCACCCCUAUCAUGAGCUCUAUCUUAAUAGAUUUACAAAUUAAUAAAAACCAAGUCAAAGAUAUUGCAAAUAAGUAUUUAUUAAAACUGGCAGAAAGACAUUACAGGGCUUUUACUGGUAAAAUUAAAUGUUCAGUCUUUCAACCGUUAAAAUCUUAUCAUAAAAAUAAUAUAGCAUCACAAAAUAAAUACAAAUACCUGUUAAAAAAAUAAGCCAUUUUCAGAGUAGAACAUUAACUUUCUAUAAAAACGAAGGUCAAUCAACAGAAUUUGUAUAAUUUUGGUAAAAAAAAAAAAUUUUAAAGAAAAGGAUUAAAAUAAAAUGCUGGAAUCAACAUUAAAUCACAUAUUCUGUUGUUUGAGCUUAUGUUCUAUUAAAUGAAGAAUAUUCCUUCAAAAGACAAUUUAAUAAAUACAUACUGAAAGUCCACCAACUUUCUGAGAGGAGCACACACAUGAGGGUUAUCUCUCUUCUGAGACUUUUCUAUGUUUUGCCUCUAUGUAUCCGUCUUGUAUCCAGUGAGUGUUGUGAUUCCAAGAAAACAUCUGCACAUAAAAACAAGCAGAAGCAUCAAGAUAAAGUUAAGUAUUGAAUGAAACUAGCUCAAUAAAAUUAAUGUAAAAAUGCCACUUUUACAAUACAGUCAGCAUUUACCAGUACUUAAAGGGUUACUCCAUCCCAAAAUGAAAAUCUUGCCAUUAAUCACUUACCCCCAUGUCAUUCCAAACCCGUAAAAGCUUCGUUCUUCUUUGGAACACAAUUUAAGACAUUUUGGAUGAAAACCGGGAGGAUUGUAACUGUCCCACUGACUGCCAAGUAAAUACCACUGUCAAGGGCCAGAAAAGUAUGAAAGACAUCAUCAGAAUAGUCCAUCAGUGGUUCAACCAUAAUGUUAUGAAGGGACAACAAUACUUUUUGUAUGCAAAGAAAACAAAAAUAACGACUUUAUUCAACAAUUUGUCUCCUCUGCAUCAGUGUAGCACCAUUUUGGAGAGUAUCUGCUGGACACAAACUGCAGCCGCUGAUCUGUGUCAGCUGGGUCACAUGGAUCCGCUUUCUAUGUUUAUUUACGCUUUGAUUUUAAUGAAAACAGCGUAUCUGUGUGGUGCAGCUAAUAUAAUAAAAAAUAACGACUUUGUUGAAUAAAGUUGUUAUUUUUGUUUUCUUUGCAUACAAAAAGUAUUCUGACGAUGCUUUUCAUACUUUUCUGGGCUUAGACAUUCUUAAUUAUUUGGCAGUCUAUGGGGCAGUCACAAACCUCCCGGUUCUCAUCCAAAAUAUCUUAAAUUGUGUUCCAAAGACAAACAAAGCUUUAAUGGGUUUGGAACGGCAUGGGGGUAAGUGAUUAAUGACUGAAUUUUCAUUAUGGGGUGGAGUAACCCUUUGAACUAAAUAAGUAACCUUUUUCGCAAAUAGUCAAAAGCCACUGGGUGGACCUGAAAUUAAUAAAUAUAAGCAAUAAUGUAACCUACAAUGCAGUAUUUCAAUAUAAAAUGUAAUCUAAAUUCCAAGUUUAUCAAAUAAUUUAAAGAAUGAAUACAUUACCGAAUAAAAUCAGCAUCAUCAGUCUUGAAGCAUCAAACAUUUCUCCACAUCAGCUGCUCUUCUUUGCACCUACAAGAAAUAAAGAAAAUAAUAUUGUGAUUUCUUUAAAUAAUUUACAUAAACGAGACCAAAAUUAACACCCAAAAAGGCAUAUAACUUACGUUAUCAAGAAAAUGUUAUUAUAAUAUUACAUUGUAGAACUGUACCACCAAUCAAAUUAAAUAAUCUACAGUUCAAAAUUACAACUGUGUUAUGACAUUAAUGUUUUACAUUAAUUUUUGAAAAUACAAUUAAUAAAUGUUAGAAAAAUGAAAUACUUUUAAACAUGAAACUAAACCUCCAUUAGGUGGCAGAAAAUAACUUAAUGUGUGAGUCAUUCAUUGAAUCGAUCCGUUCAAAAAGCUGAAUCAUUCAGCAAAAACACAGCUGAGUUUUGAUUUGAGCUUUGGUCUUUGUUUCAAACUAUUUUCGUUGAAAUAGAACAACAGUCAAUAUUGUGUCUAAAAAGUAAGUAACUUGUUAACUAAUUGUUUAUUGAACUAUGUAUUUGCAAUCGUGAUACUCAGCAAAACAGCUGACUUGUUAUGCUACUUAUAUCAUAUGUUAUAAAUAAACUCAACCGUUGAGCACUCAUGUGUUGUAUGUGUGGAGUUUAUGUGUGCCGUUAAGCUUGUUUUGAUGUUGAAUGAAACGUUAAUCAGAAUCAGUCUCGCGUUUCGAUGAUUCCUUAGUCUUUUGUUAUGUACAUUUUUUUUCUCUCACACAAAUUAAAUCAGGGUAACUUGCCCAGUCGACAUGUCGAGUACAACUACAGAAUAUACACAAUUAACGUUACUCAUGUUACAUGUAACGUUAGUAAGUAAGGCGUCAGGUCAAUAUGGGACAGUUGAAAGCAUAUAAACAAAUGAAAUUUCUCAUAUUUUGCUGUUCGUCAGUUAUUUCGACAGAUAGUAACGUACUAUGACAAUCGUUCGCAUAGGGCUUUAUGAUAAAAGUUAGGUAAACACUACUUUAAAUGCUCUCAAUAAGAAAAUUGUACUUCCAAAAAUCGAAAAUCGGCCUAACUGUUCUAUGAGAGCAAUUCCCAGUUUACUGCACAGAAGUUACUAAGGCCACUUGUCUAAAUGUCAUGAUAGGAGGCUACUGUGACAUGAUAUCGCUUAUAAAUUAACUUAAAUAAAUAUCAUUUCUUAAGUACUAUAAUAAAGUGAAUUUACCAGGAAUUAUAAAUAAAGCCUCUUAUCUUCAAUGAUUCUCGGGCUGCUCCAUCCAUUCAGAUUUGAAUGAUGCAAGCAAUCCCAUAAUGCCACACUACAGUAAGUUAGUGUAAAAAGCAGGAGCUACACUGAAACACCUGCUUCUUGUAAAUGAAUUACAGUUGACGUGGAAAUAUGCUGUUAACAACUGUAAAACCUUAUUUGACCCAUAAAGCAUUGUGAAUUACAGCUGCAUCUUGUACUACAGCAGUUUU